GUCGCCUUCCACCUCGCGCACUCCCCUCCCCCUCCUCCUCCCUUUCACUCCAACGCAACCGCGCGGUGAGCACUCCCCCCUUCUUCUACUCCACUCCUCGCCGCACUCCCCAUGCCCUCCUCGUGAAGCGAAUACCAAAUCUCCUCUCUAUAUUAGCGCUCCUCCCCCUAAUCUUGGUCCCGGCGGCGGCAUUGCGGGAUAUGGAGAAGGAGAGGAAGCAGGGGUUCUUCGCGGCGCUCAAGGAGGAGGUGGUGCGGGGGCUGUCACCGGCGCGGUCGAGGGGGAAGUCCCCGGCGCCGGCCCGGAGCGCGUCGCCGGCCAGGAUGCUGAUCCCGCGCCGGCGCAAGUCGUCCGCGCCGGCGCAGCCUCCGCCGGAGAAGGUGCUGCAGCAGUACCUCGGGGAGCAGCUCAUCGCGCGCUCCGGCAGCCUGCGCCCCGGCGGGGAGGCGCUGGCGCCGCUCAUCGAGGGGCCCGACGCCGAGCGUCUGGCCGCCGGCGACCCCGACGCCGAGGACUCCGGCCGCCGGGAGGGGUUCGGGAACUGGGUUCGCGGCCACCUCACGCGCACGCCGUCCAUGGCCUCCGCCGCUGCCGGUCCCGGCGGAUCGGGCGCUUCCUUCCGGCGGUCCGACCUGCGCCUCCUCCUCGGCGUCAUGGGCGCGCCGCUCGCGCCCAUCCCGUCCAAGCCGGCCGAGCCGCUGCCCCUUCUCUCCAUCAAGGGAACCCCCAUUGAGUCGUCGUCCGCUCAGUACAUCCUGCACCAGUACACGGCGGCGUCGGGCGGCUACAAGCUGCUGCAGUCGGUGCGGAACGCGUACGCCAUGGGUAAGGUGCGGAUGGUGGCGUCCGAGUUCGAGACGGCGACGCGCGUCGUCAAGAAUCGCGGGCCCACCGGCCGCGGCUCCGCCGCCGUGGAGCAGGGCGGCUUCGUGCUCUGGCAGAUGGCCCCCGACAUGUGGUACGUCGAGCUCGCCGUCGGCGGCAGCAAGGUCCACGCCGGCUCCAACGGCCGCCUCGUCUGGCGCCACACCCCCUGGCUCGGCGCCCACGCCGCCAAGGGCCCCGUCCGCCCCCUCCGCCGCGUCCUCCAGGGCCUGGAUCCGCUCACCACGGCGGGGCUGUUCGCGGAGGCGCGGUGCGUGGGCGAGAAGAAGGUGAACGGCGAGGACUGCUUCAUCCUGAAGCUGACCGCCGACCCGCAGACGCUGAAGCUCCGCAGCGAAGGGCCGGCGGAGAUCAUCCGCCACGUGCUGUUCGGCUACUUCAGCCAGCGCACGGGCCUGAUCGUGCAGAUCGAGGACUCGCACCUCACCCGCAUCCAGCCGCACGCCGGCGGGGACGCCGUCUACUGGGAGACCACCAUCAGCUCCGCCCUGGAGGACUACCGCCCCGUGGAGGGCAUCAUGAUCGCGCACUCGGGCCGCUCCGCCGUCACCCUGUUCCGGUUCGGCGAGGCCGCCAUGAGCCACACCAAGACGCGGAUGGAGGAGGCCUGGAGCAUCGAGGAGGUGGCCUUCAACGUCCCCGGACUGUCCAUGGACUGCUUCAUCCCGCCCGCCGAUAUCCGGUCGGGCACCGUCGGCGAGGCUUGCGAGCUGCCGUCCCAGUCCCACGGCGAGCGCGCUAGGGUCGGCGCCGUCCACCCUUCGCGCGUGGCCGCCGUGGAUCGCGCCCACCCCCACCCCCACAGCGCCAAUGCCGGCGUUGCCGGUGCCGGCGGCCGCGGCGAGAAGAUCAUGUGGAGAGUGGAAGUGUGAGGAAUGGCAUGCAUUAGUUAGCAGCAGCAGCGCUAGAGAGAAUUGAACCGAGUCCAAUCUGUUCAUACUAGAGUUUAAUUUUCCCCAGCCCAGUCAUCAAUCAGUCCAUCAGAUCACUAACCUGUUGCAUCUAGAGCUGGUUUAGAUUUCUGUAAAUAGGAGCAUAAACGAUCCCAGCCCAUGCCGGCCUGGAUGAAUCUUUAUCCUCUGAAUGCAGAAGUUUUAGCUCUGUAGUCUGUACUGAUCGUCGGUCGAGGUCUCACAAACUCAUGGCCUUCCAUGUUACUGCCAUUUCUUGGUAGUUCACUUUGACAGCUGAUACCUGAUUCCUCGUACUAA